AUGGUAGGAUGGCACGCGGCCGGGCCGACCUAUAUUGUCCCCGUCGAGUCCGUCUGCGACAAUCGGAGCCUAAGCGCCUACGACUUUGGCCUCGAGGCAGCCGACAGGCUCUUCUUGACGCUACCAACACGCGUGGACAGCCAUCUGAGCUGGGACCUACUGGCAGUGUUCACAUCGCAGGAGCCAGACCGCUACGCAGCCCUCUCGGCGGCCGGCUUCCCCGUCCUCGACAGCGAGGCGGCGGCCACCAGGCUGCUAGCCGAGGGCAAGGCAGGCAUCGAGCCCGUCGCCUAUACGGCGAUGACGGGGCUCCGCUUCUCCGACGGCACCACUGCCGACGCUGACGCCGUGGUGCGGUGCGUGCACGGGGUUCGCCGACAAGGACCCCUGGGCGGGGGGGGGGAGGGGGGUGCUGCCGGUGUCAACGAGACCGGGACAGGAAACGGCGGCGGCGACCCGGAGGCUAGCAAUGACAACCUGUUUGGCCUACGCGAUAGCGCAGCACGGCUUGACGCCACGUGGGGCGUCGAUUCCGAGGGCGAGAUCCGAGGGCUGUGGAAGGGCCAUCUGCGCCUCGAGAACUAA